UACCCCGCACGGUGCAGGCCGCUCGCAGACGGCCUGGGCCAAAUAAAUGGGAGAGGAAAACCUGGACUUGGUCUUCAGUCUCGUCUUGAGCGCCUCGGAUCAACCUCUACCCCGAUGUUUGUGCGGUGGUUUCUGCUUCUGCUCGGGGCUCUGUCCACAGAGGCGGACUUCUUCCACCUCGACAGCAUCUCCAAUGUCUCCACUUACUAUUUUAAUUAUAUUUAUUGCAAUAUUUGGGAGGGGGAGUGUCAGCCACACCAAGACGAUGCUACACAGCAAGUUCCUACCAGGGACCUAUGGGCAGGUUUUCCCCAGGACUACAUCAGCCUGCUACAUCAGUGGUACUGUAGCCUGGGCCAGUGCUGUGAAUCUGGAGACUGCAGGAUAACCAACAACAUCACAGGUCUGUCGAGAGACCUGCAGACGAAGCUCCACGGGCAGCACCUGGCUCAGUCCGUAGUCCUGAAAGCCAUCCAGGGUUUUAUCAACAACCCAGAGUCCAACAAGCCCCUCACCCUCUCCUUCCAUGGCUGGUCUGGCACCGGCAAGAACUUUGUGGCCCGGAUCAUCGCCGAUAACCUGUAUCGUGACGGGGUGAAGAGUGAGUGUGUCCGUCUGUUCAUCGCCCCGUUCCAUUUCCCACAUGCCAGACUGGUGGACACGUACAAGGGCCAGCUGCGAGAAGCGAUCCGGGACACGGUGUUGCGUUGCCCUCAGACUCUGUUCAUCUUCGACGAGGCUGAGAAGCUUCACCCAGGCCUUAUCGAUGCCAUCAAGCCCUACAUGGAUCACUAUGACAAUGUCGAUGGGGUCAGCUACCGCACAGCCAUCUUCCUUUUCCUCAGUAAUAUUGGUGGGGCAACGAUCAACGAUGUAGCGCUAGACUUCUGGCACUCCGGUCAAAAUCGAGAAGACAUCGGUAUGGAAGACCUGGAGCAUCGACUACGAACUGAAACUAUGGAGUCUCAAGGUGGAUUUGCGCAGAGUGAGCUGAUGUCCGGCCACCUGAUCGACUUCUUCGUGCCCUUCCUGCCUCUGGAGUACCGCCACGUCAAGCUCUGUGCACGGGAUGCUUACGCAGCCCGAGGUCUGGAGACAGACGAAGCUACACUGGAUGAGGUGGCCAAGGCAAUGCUGUAUGUCCCCAAAGAGGAGAGACUGUUCUCAGCCCAGGGAUGCAAGUCCAUACCCCAGAGGAUCAACUUCUUUCUCCCCUAGAAGGAGAGACCGACAGAGAGAGCAAGAGAGACCUGGAGGAGUUGUGAGAUUGCUUUACCAGCCCAUCUGCAUACAGAGCCACAGAGGAGAUGUGUCUUCUCUUCUCUGCUCUGCUCUACGUACUCUCCUCCCCCCCGACAGAUGCAACAUGUGUCCGUCCAGGUCCCUCAGAGAAGGCCAGACAGCAGGACAGGUCCAGCAUUAAGAAGGGAAAGCAGCAUGGCUCAUCCUGCAGAGGGCUGUAGUGCCGCAGGAAAUGUGUUCAUGCAAGACAGCCAUCAUGUGCAGUGUGGCUGCUCCCCUCUUCACCUGCUUGGUUUGAAUCCUCACAGUGUCAAGAUGAAGAAGGGAAGAAGAUGGUAUUAAUGGUUUGUGCAGUGUAUGUCAUAGAGGACAUGUUAUCAUGUCACAUUAUUUAUGUCUGUUCACCCUGAGUUGUUUUUUAUGUUUAGAUAAGGUCAUACUUCAUGUGUUAGUAUUUGUAUGUCAGACACUGUGCUAACAUUAGCACUGAUUAUUUAUUGACAUCACUUGUGCCAUAUUUGAACAUGUUACUGUACCUGAUUAUUUUUGUGGAGUUCUGUGAGCCAUUUACUGGGCUUGUUAUGAACAUUAAAUAGCAGUGUGGUGUGAACAGUAUGGCGUGUGUAAGAACUAACAGCAGUGAUGGAAAUGUUACUUGAAGUUGUUUGUGGAAAACAUGCAAGACCAGGUGUGUAAACCACAGAAUCUAUUUGCAAGUCAGCUUUGUUUUGUGUAAAUGGGUUUAAGAAUAAGGCUUUUAAUAAUUUAUUUUUGAUCUCAGUAAUUUCAAGAGAGUUUGUGUGAACCUGAUAAAUGUUUUAUUAUUAUAAUCAUUGGUUAAUAUACAGAAUUUUACAUUGUUACUUUGGGAUUCAUUGACUUGCUUUGUCUCACACAUACUCACAGGUCUGAGUUGGUGUGCUUUAGAGAUUUUGCUUUCUAAAGCUCAAAGGGUCACAUCACAAGAAGAACGAGGAAAGAAUGAUCUCAGAUAUUGUUUAAAGAAAAUAAACACCCACAGUGAACCAACUACAGCUGUUUUUAUUUACUUCAUUUGUCAAAAAACACUGGUAUGAGCUUCUUAAAUAUGAAUAUUUGCUGGUUUCAUAGUUUUAUAUAACAGUAAACUCAACACCUUUGGAUUUUUGAAAAAAUCAAAUUAAAAUAUCUGGUUGGGCUUUGGGGAAUGAUUAUGGGUGUUUUUCAGCUGUGUUCUGACAUUUUAUCUACAAAGAAAUCAAUCAGUUA